AUGUGUGGCUUCUCUGCCUGUAUUUCGCUUCCAGGCGCUACCGGCCACUGCAAUGGCAAUGGUACUGCCACUAACGGUGUCACGACCAACGGCCAUACCACACCACACAAAGUCACCCCAACGCUGCAGACUCAACUCCAAGAUUCUGUCGAUCUCAUCAACCAUCGCGGUCCGGAUGACUCAGGUAUUUGGAUCAGCAACGACGAGACAGUAGGCCUCGCCCACUGCCGCCUGUCCAUCAACGAUCUUUCUGUCGCAGGUCGACAGCCUCUUCACAGUACCGACCAGCAAAUCCAUGCUGUCGUCAAUGGCGAGAUUUACGACUAUGAUCGUAUUCGACAAGAAUGCGAAGCAGAAGGAUACCAGUUCCAGAGCGAUAGUGACAGCGAACUUGUUCUUGCGCUCUACAAGAUCCAUGGCGCCCCAGAGUUUAUGAAGCACCUGCGCGGCGAGUUCGCAUUUGUUCUACACGACGAGCGCAAUGGUACUGAGCGUGUGAUUGCUGGCCGAGAUCGCUAUGGUAUCAAGCCUCUUGUGUACACAACUAUUGGCUCAAAAUUGCUGCUUGCAUCUGAGGCCAAGGCUUUUAAGGCCUUUGGCUGGGAGGCGCGCUGGGAUGUGCGUGGAAUGGUCGACGGCGGCUGGAUGUUUGAUGAGCGCACGCUCUUCCGAGGUGUGAGCAAGGUCUUGCCUGGCCACUACCUGGAAAUCACGGGAGACGGCAUCAAGAAUGUUAAGUACUGGGAUGCAGAAUACGAAGAUAAGACCAAGCGUGAAACUAGAACAAUUGAAGAGAUGGUCACUGGCGUCCGCGAGAAACUUGUCGAAGCUGUUCGUAUCCGUCUCCGUGCCGAUGUACCUGUUGGUAUCUACCUCUCUGGCGGCAUCGAUUCGUCUGCCAUUGCUGGUAUCGUCACGGAGCUUGCUCGCAAGGAAAAUGUCAAGAUUGGCAACGAAGCAGCCACAAGAGUGACGUGUUUUAGCGUCGAGUUUCCUGAAACUUCCGGGUUUGACGAAUCACAAAUCGCUGAGCGAACUGCUGAGUGGCUUGGUGUCAAGACUAUCAAAAAGUCCGUCACCGAGGAGACAAUUGCCCAGGACUUUACCGACGCCGUCUACCACUGUGAGCACCAUCACUUUGACUUUAACUUUGUCGCCAAGUUUGCUCUGUCUACACUACCCCGGGAUCAUGGUGUCAAGGUGGUUUUGACGGGCGAAGGCGCGGACGAGCACUUUGCUGGUUACAAGUACUUUUCGGGAGAAUUUCUUCGUGAGGUAGAUGGAGCGAUGCCUGACACACCGCUGGCUCAAAACGAACAACUGCGCAGUGACAUGUUUACAGCCGUCCAGUCAGAGCUCAACGACGUCUGGAGCCGUCACGGCGCUACGCCUGCUUCUGAUCGCCCUACACCCCCCUCCAUUGCCGGACCUGGAGCUACAGAGUUUGGAGACCACCUACUGGCGUGGCACCCAGCGUCAACUCUCUUUGCCCCAUGGGUGCAAGCUGCCCAUGCAGACUAUGACUGCCGCCAGACCAUCCUGAACUCGCACGCGACGGAUGUACAGGCCAAGAUGCGCUCCAGAUGGCACCCGCUGCAUACAGCCAUGUACUUGUGGAAGAAGAACGCCUUGGCCAAUGUUUUACUUUCGUGUUUGGGUGAUCGUACAGAAAUGGCACACAGCGUGGAAGCACGUACACCGUUCCUGGACCAUCACCUUACCGAGUAUGUAAAUCGUCUUCCUCCCAGUGUCAAAAUCAACUACGACACGGAGAUGGACCAUGGAGAGCUGGGCCCUACACUGAAUGAGACUAGCAAAGCUCUCUUGAAGCUCAAUGAGAAGUGGAUAUUGCGUGAAGCCGUGCGCCCGUAUAUUACAGACGAGUUGUACAAGCGUAAAAAGCAUCCCUUCCUCGCACCCGCCAGAUGGGCACAAGGUGGCCCUCUACACAGCAAAUUCCGGGCAAUUCUUACUCAGGAAGCAGUCGAACAGCUCGGAUUUGUAGAUUAUCCUACUAUCCGUGAUGCUAUGGAAGUAGCAUGGGGCGAUAAGCCGAACCCGAAAGCCUUCAGACAGUUGGUUAAUACGGCUGCCUGGGUGACUUUGAGCCAGCGUCUGGGAGUGGCCAAGGCUGAUGAGUCUGACUGGGAGCUCAGAAAGUAG